UUUGAGACAAAUGCGCGUUUUAAACAAAACAGCACUUCCUGCCUAUGUUUCUGGGUUUGGCUUUACUUUUGUUUUUUAGACACAAUGAGGCGUAUACGUGGACAAACCCGACCUGCUGUGUGCACAACAUCAUCGUGGGGAAGCUCUGGAUCGAGCAGUACGGCAACAUGGAGAUCACCAACCACAAGACCGGGGACAAAUGUGUGUUGAAUUUCAAGCCAUGUGGCCUUUUUGGGAAGGAAUUACACAAAGUCGAAGGCUACAUUCAAGAUAAAAGCAAAAAGAAGCUGUGUGCCCUCUAUGGGAAAUGGACUGAAUGUCUGUAUAGUGUCGAUCCUGCCACGUUCGACGCCUUCAAAAAAAACGAUAAGAAAAACACUGAAGAGAAGAAGCACAGCAAACAGGUGAGCGCGUCAGAGGAGUCGGACGAGAUGCCGAUGCCCGAUUCUGAGAGCGUGUGUGUCAUCCCUGGGAGUGUCCUCCUGUGGCGGAUCGCCCCCCGGCCCCCCAACUCCGCGCAGAUGUACAACUUCACCAGCUUCGCCAUGGUGCUGAACGAAAUCGACAAGGACAUGGAGAGCGUGAUCCCCAAGACGGACUGCCGGCUGCGGCCCGACAUCAGGGCCAUGGAGAACGGGGAAAUCGAUCUCGCCAGUGAAGAGAAGAAACGCCUGGAGGAGAAGCAGAGAGCCGCGCGCAAGAACAGGUCCAGGUCCGAGGAGGACUGGAGGACCAGGUGGUUCCAUCAAGGCCCCAACCCCCACAACGGGGCCCAGGACUGGCUCUACUCCGGCAGCUACUGGGACAGAAACUACUCGAACUUGCCUGACAUUUACUAAAGUGCAGACAAGUCAGGGCGUUGGGCUAAUCUACAAAUCCGUCUUAAACCUGUGUUUUUAAAUGUUUUUCUUUGGUUUCUACUCAUCUUUAAAAAAAUAAAAAUAAAUAAAAACCCCACUCAUCACUUGCAUUUCACCCCCAAAAUAGGGCACAAGGUGACCCCGGUGAUGGGAGCCUCCCAGAAAAUGGGUCCUUUUGCUGCUGAAGGUGCUGAGUGGGGCGCUGUUGUACGCAGAGGGCAGAGGAACUGCGGGCUGGGUGCUUUCCGGGGCUUCGCCGGCUCCGGAAGGCGGAUACCUGAAUGUAACCUCAGCUUUAUGAAAUUAUAUACCUACAUGUAACUUAGCUUUAUAAAAUUACAGAGUUAUUUUGGCUA